UGUUUUUCAUAUUGCGUAGAUUCUUCUCGAUGUACAACGACAUAGCAAUCGAAUAAAAGAAGAAGAAGACACUAAUCAAAGUAGUCAAAUUCUUUAGGAAAAAAAUAUCAAGAAUAUUCAUUAUCAACUUAUUCUUAGCGAUUUGGAAUCGAAGAAAAAUACCAUUUCACGUGAACAUGUCUUGCCCAAUCGGUACUGAUGAAAUAAAUAAGCUAAAGCUGUUUAUCGGCUUUUGCUCUGAAAAUCCCAGUAUUUUGAAUUUGCCUCAGUUGGAAUUUUUCAAAACAUUCGUCGAAAAACUUGGUGGCCAAAUUCCGACUGGGGAUCCUGGAAACUUCUCCGGAUCCGCAGAUGAAAAACCAAGUGAACAGAAGAAGCCGGAAUUCACGCCCACGGCGGAGCCAGAAGUGGAUGACCCUGAGUCAGAUGUUGACAUCGAAACUGAUGGAUGUGUUGAACCGGACAACGAACCUCCGCAACCAAUGGGAGAUGCUUCGAAGGAGCCAACAGAUGAAGAGCGUGAACAGGCUAGUGAUUUACGUGGCGAAGCAGCUGGGCAUUUCAGCGAACAACGAUACCAAGACGCUGUCACAAGCUACGAAAAAGCCAUUCAAUUGAAUCCAACAAAUGCACUGUUCUACGCUAAGCGUGGUCAGUGUUAUCUCAAAUUAAACAAACCAAAUGCGUGCAUUCGUGAUUGCAGCCGUGCAUUGGAAUUGAACUGCGACUCGGCAGCCGCAUACAAAUAUCGCGGUAGAGCCUAUCGUUUGCUCGGAAAUUGGGAAGCAUCGGCAAAAGAUUUGCGUCAAGCGUGCAAAAUUGAUUUUGACGAAGAAGCCGAUGAGUGGUUGCGUGAAGUGCAGCCCAAAGCACAAAAAUUAGAAGCACAUAAAAUUAAACAAGAACGUAAAAAGGCUGAAAAAGCAGAACAUGAACGAUUGGAACGCAUAAAACGCGCACAGGAAGCCAACAAAAGGGCUGCCGAGGAACAAAAGCGUCAAGAACAAAGUUUUGGUGGUGCAGCAGACGAUGGCGAUGACGAUGAAGAUUUCGACCAAGCCGAUCUGCUUAAUGCAUUCAAAGAUCCAGAAGUAGCAGCAGCAUUCCAAGACAUCAUGACGAAUCCAGCAAACGUGGCCAAGUAUCAAUCGAAUCCAAAAAUUAUGAAACUCAUCACAAAGGUUGGCUCGGCGAUGGGAAAUAAGAUGCCAAAUGCUUCAGCAGCUGGAGGCGGUGGUUUCCCUGGCGGUUUUCCUGGUUUUCCCGGAUUUGGAGGUGGAGCACCGGGCUUCGGAGCACCAGGAGGGUUCCCGAAUUUUACUACACCGCCACCACCAACAUCGAACCCCAAACCAGACCUGCACGAUGAUGGCCUGGACUGAAUCAGAACGCAAAAAAAUGAAGUGCUUAAAAACAUUUCAUUCGUCGUUAGCAUUUAGAAAUGUUAUUUCACAGAUUUCAACUGAAACAUUGGCUUAAUUAUAUUAACAUAACGGCUACUCGUUUUUUUUUUCAUUCAAAUACAUUCAUUUAAAAAAAAAAUAACCAAGAGGUGCAUUUUUUAAUCCCAGCUCAUAAAACUAAAGUAUAGAGUCAUAGUAUCCGAUUUGAAAUAAGAUUCAAGUCAAAUGAAAUAAAAAAAAUUGAAGAAUAUAUGAAAA